AUGUCUGAACGACGAGUGGAUGGCCAAUUCUACUCGCAUCCCACGCAGCCCCUAGAGAUGCCACCAACUUGGAUGUUGUUCGUCGCAUUAGGGCUUCUGGGUGCCGCGUUAUUGUUCUGGGCGUAUAUGGGCCUGCAUAUCGUCGCACCCAGGCCUCGCCCAGCGCAUCCUUCGGAGAAGCAAUACAUCACUAUCUUACCCAACGGGAAACCGAGUGCGCCUACGAACCUCCCCUGCUGGCUGGACAAGUGGACUGCCGAGAGGGAGACCUUGAAGCGCAGUCAAGGACGCAGCACUGAAUCCAAGGGUCCACUGCCAACUGCACCGGCGAUUGAAGAGCCGGAGGUAUUCAUGUCAGUCGUAGUACCUGCUUUCAACGAGGAGGAGAGACUAGGAGGCAUGCUUGAAGAGGCGGUCGCAUUUCUACAAGAAGAAUAUGGAGAUGCGCAUCAGGAAGAGACAGGCGCAGGCAAUGCGAAGGGAUGGGAGAUUCUCAUCGUAAGCGACGGAUCCACCGACGGAACGGUCGAGAAGGCGCUCGAGUUUGCGAAGAAUCACCAGUUGUCCAAGCGGGCAUUGCCGGAACCGGGCCCUUGGACAGCAAACAAGGCCGAUCAACAGUUUACGAGCAUCCCACACGGCAGCAUACGAGUCAUCACGUUGGAAGAGAACAGAGGCAAAGGCGGCGCUGUCACACACGGCAUGCGACACGUGCGAGGGCAAUAUGUGGUGUUCGCGGAUGCGGAUGGCGCGAGUCGGUUCGAAGAUCUUGGGAAACUCGUGAAGAGAUGCAGUGCAAUCGAAGACAAGGAAGGCAAAGGAGUAGCCGUCGGUUCCAGGGCACACUUGGUUGGUAGUGAAGCUGUUGUUAAGCGCUCUAAACUCCGCAACUUCCUUAUGCACUCCUUUCACCUGCUCCUGCGCAUCAUGACACCACCGCGUACCGCCGCGAUCAAGGACACGCAAUGCGGCUUCAAGGUAUUUUCCCGCAACGCCCUGCCAGACAUCAUACCGUAUAUGCAUUCCGAAGGCUGGAUCUUCGAUGUGGAGAUGCUUAUGCUGGCCGAGAGUGCCAAUAUCGCUAUGGUGGAAGUCGCAAUCGGUUGGAAAGAGGUACUGGGCAGCAAAUUGAAUGUCAUCUGGGAUAGCCUGGGCAUGGCGUGGGGCCUGGCAGUCCUGAGGCUUGCAUGGCUUUUAGGCAUAUACACAAAAGAGUAA